GGCAGUGGGUGCAGGGACCCAGAGAGGGGUGUGGGCGGGGUAGGGGGUAGCCUUCCGUCUGUGCUGCUGCCUUUCUUCAGUGCAAACCUUUUUCCAAUUAAAACAGGUGGCAUUCCAGCCACAUGAGCUCAUGCCUGGGGCCUUGGGGGACUUUUGGCUGGGGCAGGGGACUAUCUGCUCCCCACCUGCAGAGGAAGGGUCUCCCCAAGACUCUGGGCCUUGGCCUGGGGCCCAGCCCAAUGCAUUGUGGGAUAAAAGGGGAGGGCCAACAGGGGUGGAGGCCAGCAUUCCAAACACACAGCUGCUCUUCAGGAGGCUCCAGGCCUGCUCCAGCCCUGGGCCCGCAGCCAGGCUGAGUGGACAAGGGGCAGAUGUGGUAAUCCCUAAAGGGAGGAAGAAGCAAAGAGAGUAGAGGGAAGGAGGGGUGGGUGGGCAGGCCUAGGCCCAGGCCCAGGCCCGCCCCCCUGACCUCUAGCCGAGAAAGCCAGUGUUUUUCUCUCGGCCUGGGUUGCAGGUCAGUGUUUACUUCAGGGGCUUAAUGAAGCUGGUGUGUGGAGAGCCUGCUAGAGGCAUAGGAAAACUUGGGGGUGCAGUUUAUCAGAAGUGGAAGUGGCGGUCUCGAAGCUAGAAGAAGGGCUGGUGGCCUUGGAGGUUGAAGGCCGGGAGCUCCUGCUCGAGCUGGAGAAGAACCACAGGCUGCUGGCCCCGGGAUACACAGAAACCCACUACACACCAGAUGGGCAGCCAGUGGUGCUGGUCCCCAGCCGCACGAGAAGCUGGAUUCAGUCCCCCACCAGGCUCUCUCUUGCCCCUCCCACUUCAGACCUGGCUGAGAUUUGGGGCCGGGUCCCUUGCUUUCCAGGAUCAUUGCCACUACCAUGGGCGUGUGAGGGGCUUCCCUGACUCCUGGGUAGUCCUCACCACCUGUUCUGGGAUGAGGGGCCUGAUCACGCUCAGCAGCAAUGCCAGCUAUUAUGUGCAUCCCUGGCCAGCGGGGGACUCUGAGGACUUCUUGACCCACAAGAUCUUCCAGAUGGAGCAGCUGCUCAGCUGGAAAGGAACCUGUAGCCACAAGGACCCAGGGGACAAAGGGGACAUGGCCAGACUAUCUCGUGCCACCCAAAUCAGGGAGAGGCGGGAGUCCCUCCGAAGUCCGAGGUACCUGGAGCUGUACAUAGUGGCUGACCACACCCUGUUCUUGACCCAGCACCGGAACUUGAACCACACCAAACAACGUCUUCUGGAGGUCGCCAGCUAUGUGGAUCAAAUUCUCAAGACUCUGGACAUCCAGGUGGCGCUGACCGGUCUGGAAGUGUGGACCGAGCAGGACCGGAGCCGCGUCACGCCAGACGCGAACGCCACGCUCUGGGCUUUCCUGCAGUGGCGCCGGGGGCUGUGGGCGCGGAGGCCACACGACUCGGCGCAGCUGCUCACGGGCCGCGCCUUCCGGGGCGCCACCGUGGGCCUGGCGCCCGUCGAGGGCAUGUGCCGCGAGGAGAGCUCUGGAGGCGUGAGCACGGACCACUCGGAGCUCCCCAUUGGCGCUGCAGCCACCAUGGCCCACGAGAUAGGCCACAGCCUCGGUCUCAGCCACGACCCGGACGGCUGCUGCGGGGAGGCGGCGGCGGAGCAGGGUGGCUGCGUCAUGGCAGCGGCUACCGGGCAUCCGUUCCCGCGCGUAUUUAGCGCCUGCAGCCGCCGCCAGCUGCGCGCCUUCUUCCGAAAGGGGGGCGGCGCGUGCCUCUCCAACGCGCCGGACUUUGGGCUCCUGGUGCCGCGGGCGCGCUGCGGGAACGGCUUCGUGGAAGAGGGCGAGGAGUGUGACUGCGGCGCCGGCCAGGAGUGCCCGGGCUCCUGCUGCCUUGCCCACAACUGCUCACUGCGUGCGGGGGCCCAGUGCACCCAUGGGGACUGCUGCGCCCGCUGCCUGCUGAAGCCCGCGGGCGCGCCAUGCCGCCGGGCUGCAGGCGACUGUGACCUCCCUGAAUUCUGCACGGGCGCCUCCCCCUAUUGCCCCCCUGACAUUUACCUACUGGACGGCACUCCCUGCGCCAGAGGCCGCGGCUCCUGCUGGGACGGCGAGUGUCCGACGCUCGAGCAGCAGUGCCAGCGGCUCUGGGGCCCUGGCUCCCGCCCAGCCCCGGAUGCCUGUUUCCAGGUCUUGAACCCCGCGGGAGACGCCCACGGGAACUGUGGGCAGCACAGCGACGGCAGCUUCGUGCCUUGUGCUCAGAGGGAUGCGCAGUGUGGGAAACUGCAGUGCCAGGGUGGGGAGAAGAGCGCACUGGUACCACACACGGUGCCGGUGGACUCCACCGUUCGCCUAGGCAGCCGCGAAGUGACCUGCAGGGGUGCCUUCGUGCUGCCUGGUGCCCAGCUGGACCUGCCUGAUUUGGGCCUGGUAGAGUCAGGCACCCAAUGUGGACCUCAGAUGGUGUGCCAGGACAGGCGCUGCCAGAACGCUACCUUCCGAGAGCUGGAGCUCUGCCUGAUUGCCUGCCAUGGCCACGGGGUUUGCAAUAGUAACCAUAAUUGCCACUGUGCUCCAGGCUGGGCUCCGCCUUCCUGUGACAAGCCGGGGUUUGGUGGUAGUGUGGACAGUGGUCCAGUGCAGCCUGAAAGACUCAGCCAUACCCUGUCCUCCACAGCCCAAGACACCUUCACGCUGGCGGUGAUCCUUAGCUUUCUGCUGCCUCUGCUCCUCGGGGCCAGCCUGGCCUGGUGCUGCUGCCGGCACCCAGGACCCUGUCUCCAGCAAUGCCUCUGGGGCUCAAGGAGGGACCCCGUGUGCAGCGGGCCCAAAGAUCACCCACGCAGGGACUACCCUCUGAGCAGCAUUCAGCCCACGGAGUUGGGCCUGACAGCCACUGGGGAGCCCCAGCCCCUGGAACUCUGCCAGAGCCCAGCAGCCACCUUGAGAAGCCUGUGCCCUGUGGCCAAGCAGGUCAAGUCCAAAAGCCCAGAUCCUGUCUCUGGUGAAAGGUGACUCCUGAGAUGAGAAGACUAAGGACAGCUGCUCCAGGAACUCGGAUCCCCAGGGGCAGAGCCAGCCAGUCCGCUAACCUCCUGCACCUUCAGGCACCUACAACAUUUCUUCCAAGUUACCUCUGCACCACCUACUCCAGGACCCUGGAGCCUCAUCAGAAUUUGCUCAGUGCCAUCCCUGUUCUGCAGGGCUGCUAGGCCUGGCUAGGGAACACCCUCCAGCCCAAGCAAGAGUCCAUCAGUCCCAGGAACAAAGGUCUUGUAGUCACUGACCUCCUGUCACCGGGGGUGGCUGGGUCAUGCUGGGAGCCUAGCCUGGACCCAUAGCCUCUGUCCAGGUGUGGGUGUGCUGCAUGCACUUUCUCCAGACCCAGCUCUGGAGGGCACUGACUGCUGGGUCAGAACUCCAGGGGCCCUACACUUUAGACUGAUCCACGUCCCGGAGCCUGGGCCCUGAAAAAACAAACAGAAUCCUUGGAACCUUCCUUCCUGCCUCCUCCCCUGGUCUUUUUCCCCCUAGAUGCUUCCUCAGUCCCACCCUAUUCCUAGUUGUCAGGUGAGGUUUCCGAGGAGCCUGGGGAUCUGCUGAGGCUCCCUUCCCUUUGGACAUUAAUCAGCUCCUCCUCCAUUCCAUGGGUGGGGACGAAGCAAGCUAUUUUGGAAAGGACACCAAAGUAGAAAUCAGAAGAAAGACAUAUUGCCCUGAGACCUAUGAGUCUUUUCUGUCUUUAAAUUCAACCCCAUGGGGGCUCCUUGAAGGUGACAAGGGGUAGUGGCUGAUGGGUUGAGCCUCAGAUGACAGCCAGGCCCCAGAUGUACCUGCGCAUAGGAUGGUGUUGCCCAGCUUGAAUGAUCCCUUGGCUCCACCUCUCCUGUCUCGCUUGGACACUCUCAGAGGCCAUUUAUUCUCUCCCCCUGCUUCAUGCAAGAGAUGCUGAGUGACAUUCUGCAUCAGCCAGCUGUUGCUACAUUAAAAAACCAUCCCCAAACUUAGUAGCUUAGAACAAUAACCAGUUCUGUGAAUUGGCAAAUUACGUUGAACUCAGCUGGUGGUUCGACUCGCUUCAGUCAUUCAUAUGUUUGCAGUUAACUGCUGGUCACUAGGUGGGUCUGCUUCUGGGGUUGGCUGGCUGUUGGCUAGAGUGAUGGGGACAAAUGGGCUCUGUGUCUUUCAUGUUCCAGUAGGUUAGCAAGGCCUGGUCACAUAACAGCUGGGGAGCGAUCUAAGAGAACACAACCAGAAUUAGAGUGAGACAAAUGAGGCAUUUAUCUUGGGCACAAAAAAAGUAAUCAAGAGAAGUAAUAUAUACAUUUUUUGAUAUGUUU